AUGGACGGCCCACCCCCUCCUCCCCCUCACGGCGAGAAACCGAACACCACCCACGGCCACGAAUACCGGAAAGCGUCGGACCUGCCCGAAGGGAACUACGAUAUCUUCAUCAUUCCGCCGCAUUCGUCCGGGUCGGGCUUCCUCUAUCUCCCGUCGCUGCAAUGUCAGCGGAAUAGCUUCGUCGCGGGCUCGGUAUGCACCUUGUUCGUUGUCCUGGUGUGGUCUUUUAUAUCGCCCAUUCUCAAGACGUGGUACAUAGCUGCUGCCGCGAGUAGCGGUGGCGGCGGCGGAGGGAUGGGUAUUGGUCUCGUAGGGGUCGGGGUUGGCAUUGCGGGAUGGGGGUUCGGUGUGUAUCAAGCUGGAUUUGGGAGCUCAGGGUUUGGAAGAAAGGGAGCUGGGGAUGGUGCUGGCCCGGGAAGUGCCAGAGCCAGUACUGGCCAGGCCGGUGCCGGAGGAGACUAUGCGAGAGGGUCGGGUAAUGCUGGUGGAGAGCGAGGGAACUAUGGCGGAAAUUAUGGACCUCCGCCAGGGAGCCAGUACUCUGGAAAUCAGUAUGGUGCCGGCCCUCCGCCUCAGACACCUCCCCCUAACGCUGGCCCAGGACCCAAUAAACCCGACUCGGCCAAGGCCGAAGAGAAGGCCCGAGCGGAAGAAAAGGCCCGCGAAGAGAAAGCUCGCGAGGAGCGAGCUCGGGAAGAGAGGGCUCGGGAAGAGAGGGCUCGGGAAGAGAAGGCUCGGGAAGAGAAGGCUCGUGAGGAGAGGGCCCGAGAGGAAAGGGCCCGAGAGAAAAAGGCUCGGGAGGAAAAAGCCCGGGAGGACAGAGCUCGCGAGGAGAGAGCUCGCGAGGAAAAGGCCCGGGAGGAGAAGGCCCGGGCAGAAAGAGAACGAGAAGAAAAGGCACGCGAAGAGGCGAGACGGAAAGAGGAGCUUCGACGGAAAAUGGAAGAGUUCAAGCGGAAGAGAGAAGCCGAGCGGCAAGAAAAACAACGACAGCAGGAGCGUGAGGCGAUGGAGAAGGAAAUGCGUGAACGGAGAGAGCAGUUCGAGAAAGAGAUGGCCGCUGCCAGAGAAGCAGCAGCCAAGGAGGCACGAGAGCGCGCCGAGAAGGAAGCAGCUGAAGCUCGGGCAAAGGCCGAACGCGAUGCCGCGGAAGCCCGAGCGAAGGCUGAAAGGGAGGCCGCUGAAGCAAAAGCUAAGGAGGAGAAAGAAGCCGCAGAGAAGGAAGCGGCCGCAAAAGCGGCUGCAAAGAAGGAGGCUGAUGCCAAGUUUGCAGCACUCAAGGAGGCGGCAGCAAAAAAGUAUGCCGAGAAGAAGGCCAAAGAUGCCCAAGAGGCAGCGGCCAAGGAAGCAGCAGCAGCGAAAGAAACCGCUGCGAAGGCUGCCAAGGAGAAAUCAGGGAGCGCAUCAGUCCCUCCCCGAAGUCCAUCACCGAAGAAGCCCCCGUCCGGAGCACGAACCACGAUGUCCGCCGACCAAGACGAUGCAUACUCCUUUCGACCUUACGACAGACCUCGGCGGCCAUAUGGGGGUACGUCAAGCUCGUCAGCAUACUCUGAAUCAUCCUAUGCUCCUUCACAAUCCACAGCUCGAACAUCACCUCCACCGUCAAAUCGAGGACGGUAUGAAACUAAAGACCCGGAUAAGAUUGUUAUCAAGGGCGUCUUUCAGUUCAAUAAUGCAUUUAUUAAAAAUCCAGCGGCUCAGCUGGUCUCUGGGCAGGGAAUGGUGACGGACGGACUGGUUCUGCGUAUCACUACCGAAGGACUGUUCAUUGACGACGAUAUCCGGGGAGUCGGUCAGCGAGAAUGGGACGUCAAGGCGUGGACGAUGAAGUUGGUCGAGGUGUGGUGCCCACAGUAUGCCUCCCAGAAGCAUAACCCUCCCAAGCAGAGUUCGUUCUUUGGUCGACGGGACGAAGGACCUUCAUCAGCGGAGUCCGAUGCAUACCUAGUCAAUCUACUGAAGGUGUGCAAAAAUACAUGUCGCCUUGCGUCGCCAGGGCCCCAGUCUGAGAUACAGGGACUCCAUGUAUUACGAGCCAGCAUUCGUGACCAGGAGGGUCGAAAGUACCUUUUCGUCCUGGAAGAGACCGAAGGUUGGAAGGUGGGUAUCGGGCUUCAGCGACUUCGAAAGGGGGCGCUAGUACGAUCUCUGGGGGUGACGAAUAUGUCGGUCAAUGAGGGCCGCUCGAUACUCGGGAACCUUGGAUACAUCUGA